AUGGGCAAGCUUCAGUUACAGAAGAACAAUCAACGCAGCUAUCUAUUUCUACUUGUUUUAAGUUUAUCCCUAAGCUUGCACACCAACAUGGCCACGGUCGAUGGAUGCAACAGUGUCAACUACACUAGCUUGUUUCAUGUUGGUAUGGUUCUUGACUUGAAUUCGACAGUCGGAAAGUUUGCCUGGGGAAGCAUUGAAAUGGCACUUUCCGACUUUUACACCAUUCAUCCAAGCUAUGGCUCCAGGAUUGUAUUCCAAGUAAGGGAUUCAGGGGAAAAAACCAUUAAAGCAGCAUAUGCAGAUUUGAUAAAAGAUGUCCGGGUGAAAGCAAUUAUUCUUGGGCCACAAACAUCUGAAUCUGAAGAGACAGAUUUCCUGGUCGGCAUGGGAAACGAAGCUCGAAUACCAAUCUUUUCCGUCUCUCCGUUCAGCUUAAGCCUUUCUCCCCGCCAAUUCCCUUACUUUGUGCGAAUUGCUCAGAUUGAUUUGUCCCAGGUCAAAGCAAAUAUUGCUGCCAUCGUCCAAGCAUAUCGAUUGAGAGAAGUGUCCAUCAUCCAUGAUGACAGUGAAAGUGCAGCUGAAGCGAUACUACAUAUUUCUGAUACGCUUGCAGAUAUGGGUGUUCAAGUACUAUGCCAAAGAAUUGUCUUACCCUAUGGUGCAGAAACUAAAGUAAUUAAAGAUACUUUGCACGAGCUAAGAGGAACUAGCACAAGAAGCUUCAUCGUCCAUCUAUCUAUUUCUCUUUCUUCUUCCUUCUUCACACAAGUCAAGAAGGCGGGGAUGAUGAAAUUUGGGUACCUGUGGAUUGCUACGGAUUCCUGUAUCUUCCAUUCCACUGAAAGCGUUUUGGGUGCAAAGGCUCAGCUGCCACAGUCUCAAGCCUUUGGUUUGUUUGAAGAUCGCUGGAGAAAACAAAUUCAAGAGGAACAUCUGGACAAGGAAAAUAUGGAACACCACGUUUAUGCAUUACUCUGGGCAUAUGAUACAGUAUUCUUCAUUGCAACUGCCGUUGAAAAAGUUGCAGCCGGAAAGGCUGAUUCGUUCAAAUCUCUAGUGCCGUCCAAACUUCGGAGAGUUGAUACGACAGAAGGGAGAACUCACAGAGUUGAGUAUUCGACCCCAAGGACCGGUCCUUCACGUCGUUUGAUGAGCUCAGAAGAUACAGACGUAAAAUGCCCGAAUGGAUUUACAGCUAAUUCUAAUGAUAGAAUAUUAACUAUUGGUAUCCCUAUUCGUAGCGUGUUUGGUGAAUUCGUUAAUGUGACUUACGACAACGAUACCCGUAAAAAUACAUCGACGGGUUUCUCAAUAGAAGUUUUCGAAUCUGCUAUGCAGAACCUAAACUACUGUUACAAGUACGUCCCAUUUGAAGGAGCUUAUACCGAUCUCGUGCGUCAAGUAUCCAACCAGAAAGAUGAUCCUUCUAAGGUUGUUGAUGUAUAUUUUUUAUCAGAAACUAAAACUUCUAAGGGGAAGGCCUUACAUCAAACUACUCUAGAUUCAUCAUAA